AGUAGUUUGGUCUACAAGGACGAGUUUCUUUACUAUAUGGAACUCCGCCGAACUACUAGCGGUCUACUUCCGAGCGAAGAUCAUUGAUUUAUCAGUAAAAUCAGCAGAAUUCGAGACCAAGAAUUCCCUGCAGGCUAAUCUUUAUGCUUGCAAGGUAGGUUUUUAUAUUCGUCGAAGGAGAGAGGAACGAAUGGAGCUGGUUACGUCUCAUUCAGUACAUAUGCGCUCUGCAUUGCGAAUGGUAGGAAAAACCGUCCCUUUCCAAUAUUUCAUUAUUAUUACUGGAAUUGACGGGGAACAAAAACCAAUUAUACAAUUUUCAGAUUUUUUAUGAGCAUUAUUACAAGAAUUCCAAAGUGUUUGUUCUUGCUGUAACAAAACAACAGACGGAAAUAAUGCGAAUACCUUUGGAGUAACGAAAUGCAGUAGAAUCAAUUAUACGCUUCAGUUUUUCGUCGUAAGUGUUCCCGUGUCUGUGCUGUGCCCUUUACAGGAAACUUAAGUUUCAGAUUAUCGAGCCUGUUUUCAAGUUAUUACUGUAUCAGGAGUUCGUGAAGUCUAAGUUAAACAGGCCUCAUCCUGUCGUUUUUUUUACUCGCAAUGUAUCUCAACAGCUGUUAACUAUGGUACCUGUAUUGCAUUCAAUUGGAGUGCAUUUUUUUUUAAAGCUGUAGAAUAAUAAUAGCGUUUUAAUAAUCUGGAUGACAUAGAAGCUGUCCUUCAAUUCGUUCGACUUUGAAACGCUGCCAACAAUACACCCGCUAGAUUUGAACACUGCCAAUAGAAUUCAACUACAACUUGAUCCGAACUGAUUUGAAAGAAUAUAUAGAUGAAAUGCAAAAGAUGAUUAAACUAUUAAUAAACUCAAUGUUAUACAUUUAAUGAUAGAGGCAGUCGUACGUUCUAUAUACCAAGCCUUGACCGCUUGAUCUGUAUUGAGUCGUUUUAUAGUUUUUUCUAAAUAAUUUGCCCACUUAUUUUUGCCUAAUAGUUUCUACCAUACGGUUGCAUGGAGUUCCGGGUGUGUCAUUGCUCUUGCGGGUGUCGCUCGACUCGUUGAGCAGCCGAAUUUUUAACUUUUCGCGCGCUUCUUUGCCAGACGUUUUCGUCUGCUCGCCCUACUCAAGGAUGGUCUAUUAGCGUGAUAAAAUUCAACAAAAUUACAAAGAUCCAAAACUGUGAGUCUGCGAUAUUAACACCAAAGUACAUUUUAAUCAUAUAUCUAAAAAGCAGUAGUAUAUUAUAUACGCUAAACACAGAUGACCUAAAAUAGGCGGAUUUUAAAUUUCACACGUAAUUAAGCCAUUACUGUAUGGCAUCCACAAGAGAGCAAAUGUUUGCAAACAACGGCAAAAGUUGCAAUACUGACAUACGAACCGGCCGAGUAAAUUUAUUUCAUGGAAGUGAGUCCCGAAUUUGGCUGUGAAGUCUCUCGUUUUGCAUCAAGCAAACGUUAUAUACAAUAAUCUUGUUCCAAGCCAGUGAAAUCCCUAUCAAAAUAUCGUCUGUGUACUUGUUGUUUUACUUAAGGGUGGCUCUUGGUUUCGUAGAAUUCGAUAGGUGACCCGCGCAUGUUGUAUACUUGGUUGAUGUGUGAAUUAGUUGCUGCUACAUAUUUGUCUAUCGAUUGACUGACCAGUCGUCUUGACAGGUCAGAUGUGUACUGCAAUUCUCUCACAACUCUGUUCGAAUCUGACCGAGACUCGUGAAAGCAAUAGACAAGGUGUUUGCUGGCGGCCGUGGAGCAGAGGUUCUACCGGAGGAUCGGAUCGCGUGUACCCACCUCUAGUUACCACAUCUGCUGCGACUGGUGCCGUGAGGGACAGCGCAGACUGCGAUGUGUGGAUUAAUCUCCGUUCUAAAUAUCACCCACCGCACGAUAGGACUAUGUCAACUGACAUCCUUCGCAACGAUGCCCGAAAGCUUUUUGAGCGUGUGUUUCAAAUAUCCCUCCCAGAGAUAGAGCUAACGUUCGAAGAUGGAGAUAGAAUUCAACAAGAAUUUUUUGAACUUGAAACAGAACUGAAUUGUGUGAAGUCUAUGCUUAACGACAAGGAUCCGAUUUUGUGGCGUAAGCACACAUCGCAUUGUAAUAAAGCGUCACACGUUAGCUACAAGUUAAGUCACGUAAUCGGCCAAAAUGUACCGUUAGUAACACAAGCCUUCUUGAAGUUUUUUGAAAUUUUAUCGACACAUGACCAGGAUCUGGUGCCGUCUGCCAGCUUGAAGUCGUUCCAUCUUUGCGAAGCACCGGGUGCAUUUAUUACAGCGCUUGAGCAAUUUCUUUUGCAAAAGUACGGUUCUUCAAAAGAGUGGCAUUGGCGUGCUUCAACUCUCAAUCCCUAUUUUGAAGGAAACUCAACAGAAAGCACGUUUGUUGAUGAUCGACUUAUCUUUGAAACGCUUGACAAUUGGAUAUUCGGAGCACUAGGAACUGGAAAUAUAUUCUCGUUGGAAUUCAAUCAGGAAUUUACGCAACAGUACGACCUUGUGACUGCUGAUGGUAGCAUUGACUGUCAGAACUGCCCAGCCGAACAAGAAAUGAAGGUACUGUCGUUAUUUUACGCCGAAACGCGUUCUGCGUUGCGUCUGCUUCGAGACGGUGGAUCGUUCGUUAUUAAGAUGUUUACAUACUUCCACCGAGAAACCCGAGAGCUUCUCCAUGUCCUGUGCAAAACUUUUACACAGGUGACAAUCCGCAAACCUUCCUGUAGCCGCAGCAGUAACUCAGAAACAUAUCUCAUUUGUGUCGGCUAUAAGUUAGCUAUUGGAAGAGAGAUAGCUUUAGAGCUUGAUCGCUUGGUAGACAGGAGUGGACAGUUGUGUGGUUCACUGAACUACCAGCUCAGCGAUCAGUUUCAAAGGACCGUCCUGGAUAUUUCACGAAGCUUUGUCCAGUGGCAAACUGAUACGAUCAAGGAGAACGUCGAUUUCUUUGAUCAUAUGACCAAGCGACAGCGUGAAAAGCUUGAGAUCUCGAAAACAAUGGUCUCUGAUAUGUAUAUCAGUCGGCUUCACAUAAAAAAAAUCAAACCUGAAGUGGAAGCAUUGAGACAGCUGAGUUGUGCGUGCAUCACGAAACCUUCGCUGUCAAAAGGUCGUGCAUGGAAUGUAGUAUCAUUUGAGGACAGGGGGAAAUCUAACUGGUGGAAAGACCACGCUGAAGAACUAUUUCGUCGAUUGCAAGAGCUUCACCCACAGGUGUUUAAAAAUCCCGAACAGGAUGAGAGGGUGUACGAGCACAGACGUGUUGGAAGUAUUUCCAAAGAUGAUCUUAUCAAUGCGAUGCGUGUCACAACGGGAGAAUGCUGUUCCGUUGUUACGGUAUCGAAGUUCAUCGAACAAAGCCUCCUCGAUCUGUUCCACAUGAUGUUUCCGCGUAACCGGACUGCCGGUGGGGCACAUCACCCGCCACAAGCUGUGGAGAACGCGGAAAAGAAUGAAAUCAUAGUUACGAUUGACGCCGAUUUUUCCACAAAUGAAGCGCGGGCACGUUUUUUAAGAGAAGUUGAGCGUGAACUAGAAGCGCUUACUUCAGCUUCAGCUCAUACACUUCUACUUGAGGUGACAUUUAGUGAAACGGUUUCUCGAUUUGCAGCAGGCCUAGUAUUCUUGUUAGCAUAUGUAUGCGAUGAAGUCGAAUUCGCAGCUACCCGCAUCGAUCAUAUCUGUUUCACCUUUUCCUUUGAUCAACCUUAUGACCUAGAGCCGGUUCUAGCAGUAAUACAGCCCGUACGUGAGGCCCUCCAGAAUUGUUUGCCGGGAAUGACUGUCGUAGAAAUUUUCCCUCUACGUACAAUAUGCCUUUCACCAUUCUUCCGUUUUCUACGGCGCUGUAAUGAAAGGUACUACGCAACAAACCUGGCGGCGGUAGAGCUGCUCCGUUUAGUGGAGGAACGCAGUAACUUAAACGCGGGACGCACAGCUUCUCUUACAACUUCGUCGUCGUUUGCAUUGUCCUGAAGUAAAUUGCACCAUAGAUAGGAUAGCACCGGAGAGGAGCCAGUAAUAAGUUUCCCAAAGAUUAUCUAUUUUGUGAAUUUUCAAACUUACAUUUUUAUUUACAUCAUUUUUAUGCCAGUUGACUAACUCAGCCAGUCAUAAUAAUCUUCCGUGUAUUACUAUUUUCAUUUUGAUAACGAAAUAUAAUAACAAGAAAAAAAAAAGAUAAAUCGUUGCUAUAUUUAUUUCGAUUUUUACGUGUGCUGCAGAUUGCAUGCUCAGGGGUAUAGUCUAAAAACGAUGGAUUGCAAUGCAACACUGAACCAAGCAUCAGCAUCUUUAGUUGUAAAUAAAUCACGAGCUCUUUGUUGGAAAGUUCUAGCCUAAGAGGUUACGUCGAUCAAUAAUGCCAAUGUAUACAUCGCAGUAGGCCACUGAUGCAAUUAGGCGGUCAUUCUCAAUGUGUGCUAAAGAGCCGCGUCUGUGCUAUCACAGUCCUUACCAAGCAAAAUUGAUCAAGUGGUUUUCUCCAAAGACAAAUGUGAUUUAUGGCGACAUAGGAGAAUCCUAGACAGUCUACAUGACUUGAUGAUGUAAUAGUGCGUAACCUGUACGCGUGAUAAAUUUGAGGGACACACUUUCUUCUGUGCUAGCAGUCAGCUAUCUGAUAGAAAACCUAACGAUGGUAUCCAAUAAAUAAACUCGAAUCAUUCGAUCUCUCAUGUAAUCUACAUAAAGAUUACUGGGUGCAUAGGUAAGUGUUCGUUGGCGGUGUUACUAUCCAUAAUUGUUCUGAGGUGUAAAAACAUUCGAGACUACAAUUGGACUCUCUAUAACGGUACUGACAGGUACUUGUCGCAAUUUUAUAUUUCGGAUUAUUUUUGUGUUAUUUUAAGCGCGAAGGAAUGCCAGAGUAAGAGAGAUCACCAGGUUGAUAUUACUGGAUCUUGUACAACUAUCUUUCUCGUCUUUCUCAUUUUUCAUUAAUAUAUUUGGAGUUUUUUUUUUAAUGUACAAAGGAAGAUUCUGAACUCGGAGCGUAUUCCUAAUAUAGUUGAUGCGAGAAAAACUAGGGUUCUUAAUGCUGUACUUCUACAUAUACGAGCGUGCCAACAAUUAUCGUGAAAGUUUUUCUGGAACAUUAGCCUUUCAUUACGAUAAUAUUUUUAGCUCUGAGUUAUGAGUGAUGAUGCUUUGGCGCUCGAUGUUCUUAAAUGUUUGCUGAAGAUUAAGUACGUUUGUGUCCAUAAUUUGAAGAUGCCAAUUUGGCCUUUGAUAUAACAGUGAACCCACAAAAAUUCCUCUUGAACUUCUUGAAACUUGAAAAAAGAUAGUUUCUUCUUCGAAUUAUUUAUUCAUGCGUAGAUCUAAACCUUCCCAUUUUAAGAAAAGAUGGCGCAAGUGACAUUAACGUCUAGGUGUAGUAUUUACUGAUAACCUUCUAUCGUUCUUUCAACGGACAGCAAAUGUUCUCAAAUAAAGAUUAAAUCAUAUCAUGAUUAAGGAAUAUCUGACGUAACUGUGGUAAUGCAAAUAUCUUUGAUUCGUAAGCAUCGAGGUAACCCACAACUUCACUCAGAAUGGCGGAGACAACAGCGUCUGUAUACUACUACUGCAAGGUUUUUGUACUUUUGAGACACGACAGUUUUCAAGCAGUGAGCCUAAGUGAA